AUGUUCCGUGCAGUGUUGGUGCUCAGCGUCUUGGUGGCGAUUGCCACCGCUGGUCCUACUCCCGACCGACGUAUUGUUGGGGGUAUCGUUACCGUAGCAGGCGAUGCUCCGUGGAUGGUGUCACUGCGCAAUUCGCUCAACUCGCACCUCUGCGGGGGCACUCUGCUGAGUAACCGCUUCGUUCUGUCGACGGCCAAUUGCUUGAUGGGUCGGAUUGCCACUGCUACAAUGGCAGUUGCUGGAUCGCGCUUCCUGAACACCGUCGCCGUUCCGUACUGGGGCAUCCAGAUCAUUGUCCAUCCGAAUUACAACGUGAACACGCUAGAGAACGAUGUGGCCCUGUUCCAGACUGCCAUUCCAUUCAUCUUGACGCAAUCAGUUCAACCUCUCGCCCUUUCCGCCGAUGUAAUUGGCGUCGCUGUUCGUGCCCGUGUGUUUGGUUGGGGAGCCACGCAGGCUGGCGGUGGAAACAGUAACGCCCUCAACUUCCUGAACGUCAACACGCUCAGCAACGAAGACUGUGCGAACUUCCUGGGUGCUGAAGGAUGGCGUAUUGGAUCAUCCUCUCUCUGUACGCUUACCCGCGAAGGCCAGGGUAUUUGCGACCGGGAUGAAGGGGGCGCGCUUGUGCUAGACAACUAUGCCAUCGGAGUGGCAUCAUGGGGUAUUCCCUGUGCCACCGGACGACCGGAUGUGUUCGUGCGUAUUUCGUCUGUCCGUAGCUGGAUUCUGAACUUCAUCUAA